UGUUGCCUCUCUUCAAUGGAUCCCUCGAAGUACCCCUGCCGCCGUGCCGCCGUCGCCGCCGCGCAUCUCCCUCUCUUUGCUUAUCUCCGGCGUGUUCUUCUUUGUCGGUGCCAUCGGGAUCGUCUUCGCCAUUGUCGUGCUCCUUCGCCCCCCGAGGACACGCUUAGGAACUUCCGGUCAAGAUCUAGCGUUGGUGGCGGUGCUGGGUUGGAGGAUCGGCCGAAGCUGCUGGGUUUCGUCGGGGUGCAGACGGGGUUUGGAUCCGCUGAUCGUCAGGCUGCGCUUCGGAGCACUUGGUUCCCUUCCGAUCCGGAGGCUCUAGCUCGGUUCUUUCAUCGCCGGAGUCUCAUGGUAUUUCUUAUAUACUAUGUUAUCUGAUCAGUGGCUGCGGUCUUGCGUACAGGUGAGAACAAUGGUAAUAUAUGUUCAGUGAUGACUGGAUAGCUUUUAUUGUCCAUCAGUUCUGUUUCACAUGGUGCCAUGUGUAGAUUAUUGGGUAUGUUCAAACUAUAUCAAUUGAUGCUGUUCUCUACUCCUAGAUGUUUCCACUUCUUUAUGAAAGUUUAUGUUUUGCA